CUCUGGGACAUACACUCAUCUCACAAUCUCACACUUACUCAGCUCCGGGCGCGAUGUCGACGACCUACGUGGACGAGACUUCUGGGUCAGACGAGACGGGCAAGGGAACCCAGGAGCAGCCCUAUCAGACUCUGGCCUUUGCGAUUUUCACGCACGGGACCACACCGAUCUUGGUGCGGAAGGACUCAGCGGCGCCAUACGAAGAACCCACACAGUCGGCCUUGAAGAAAGCGAAGAAGGGCGCGGAUGGGCUCGAGAAAAAGCGCAAAAAGGCCGAGGAGCUCGCAGAGCGUGAAGCAAAGGAAAAGUCGGAAGAGCGGGAACGGAGGCAGAAGCUACUUGAGGAGAGUAAGAAGGUAGUCUUGGAGGAGGAUCCUAGUCUGCCGAAGGCAGUUAAGGCUAAGAUCGGCAAUCUUGCGCCUCUCAGCGGCCAGCGUGUUCGUGUCUCUGGAUGGGUGCAUCGGCUACGAGACCAGAACAAAAUCAUCUUCAUAGUAUUGCGCGAUGGCACCGGAUAUCUUCAGUGCGUACUUUCUGGGCGAGUGGCCCACACAUACGAGGCUCUAACUCUCACCCUCGAGUCCACCGUCGAACUUGUGGGUACGCUGCAACCAGUGCCCGACGGGAAGACUGCGCCCGGCGGACACGAGCUGAUUGUCGAUUACUGGAGAGUGCUCGGGGCUGCUCCUGGUGGUGAUGAAGCGUUCACCAACCGAUUGAACGAGAAAUCCGACCCUUCGAUCCUGGCCGAUCUUAGACAUCUCGUCAUCCGUGGCGAGAUUGCCUCUGCUGUGCUCAAGCUUCGUGCGGCGCUCCUCAGCUCCUUCCGCACAUCGCUCGUCGCACGCGACCUGCUCGAGGUGACGCCGCCGUGCAUGGUGCAGACACAGGUUGAGGGCGGCGCGACGCUGUUCAAGUUCGACUACUACGGCCAGCCGGCUUUCCUUACGCAGAGUUCUCAACUGUACCUCGAGACCUGCUUGCCCUCCCUGGGGGACGUGUUCUGCGUGCAGGAGAGCUUCCGUGCUGAGAACAGCCAUACUCGCCGGCACUUAAGCGAAUACACUCAUCUCGAGGCUGAGCUUGCAUUCAUUACCUUCGAUGACUUGAUGAACCAUAUCGAAGGAGUGAUCUGCGACACCGUCGAAAGACUGCUCGCCGACCCUGCCACCGCGGUGCUCAUUAAGCAGCUCAACCCCAACUUCACCGCCCCCUCACGGCCAUUCCUCCGGCUCUCAUAUGUCGACGCGAUCAAGUGGCUCAACGACCACGGCAUCCAGCACGAGGCGGAGGACGCCAAGGGCAACGUUAUCAAGGACGAGGCUGGGAACCCGAAGAUGGUUAAUCAUGCCGUCGGUGAUGACAUUGCGGAGGCCGCGGAGCGGCGUAUGACGGAUAUCUUAGGCGUGCCUGUGUUCUUGUACGGCUUCCCUGCGGAGCUAAAGGCAUUCUACAUGAAGAAGAUGCAGACGGAGGGCGAGGGGCCGGUGUGCACGGAGAGCUGUGAUUUGCUGAUGCCCGGUGUUGGAGAGAUCGUCGGUGGAUCCAUGAGGAUAUCGGACAUCAACGAGCUGCUCGCUGCCUAUAAACGCGAAGGCAUCGACCCUGCCCCGUACUACUGGUUCACAGACCAGCGCAAAUACGGGACGUGCGAGCACGGCGGGUACGGUCUCGGAGUUGAGCGAUUCCUUGCAUGGUUGGCCAACCGGUAUACCGUCAGAGAGUGCUCGCUCUACCCCAGGUGGCCUGGUCGGGCGACCCCAUGAGCUUCAAGCCGUUGAUCAGUUUGGUUCUCGAUACCUCGAUAUUAGACGGUCGCCUGCUUGUACUCGUCAAUGUGCUCUACCUUUUAGAAUCGCAUGAACUUGCCGCAAAAGAGGAAAGUUCUGUAUAUCAUGAGACAAAUACUCACGCGGGUGAGGACC